CCCGCGCGUCUCGGGGCAAGUAAACAUUUCCGCUGUUUCGCGAUGGACUCAAACAAGGACGAAGCGGAGCGGUGCAUUAAAAUAGCCCUAAAUGCGGUCAGCAACAACCAACCGGACAAAGCUAGGAAGUUUCUGGAGAAGGCACAGCGUCUAUUUCCGACAGAUCAGGCCAAAAAUUUGUUGGAGUCGUUAGCGCAGAAUGGAAAGCCUCCAGAUGAGAAUGGCAGUCCUGUGAACGGAGAUGGACCCACCAUGAGACACCGCGGCGACAGAGAGGAAGCUAAUGCGUCCGCACGGGGGGCCACCGAAUCAGCCAAAUCAUACACAGCAGAGCAGCUGGAGGCUGUCAGAAAGAUUAAAAGUUGUAAAGAUUACUACCAAAUUCUGGGAGUUGAAAAGAAUGCCUCCGAAGAGGAUCUUAAAAAGGCUUACAGAAAGCUAGCUCUGAAAUUUCACCCAGAUAAAAAUCAUGCACCUGGAGCCACAGAGGCAUUUAAAGCUAUUGGUAAUGCCUACGCUGUUCUGAGUAACACUGACAAACGAAGGCAGUACGAUCAGUAUGGAGAGGAGAGAACGCACCCAACCAGACACAGACACCAUCGUGAUUUCGAAGCAGACAUCUCACCCGAGGACCUUUUCAACAUGUUCUUUGGUGGAGGUUUCCCAUCAAGUAAUGUACAUGUUUACAGAAAUGGAAGAAUGCACUUUGCACAUCAUAACAGGCAAGAACGACGAGAACAACAGAGAGAUGGAGGCCUGGCUCUGUUUGUCCAGCUGAUGCCCAUCUUAAUUCUCAUCAUUGUUUCUGCUCUCAGCCAGAUGAUGGUCACCCAGCCUCCAUACAGCCUUAGCUACCGCCCGUCAGCUGGACAUAUCCACAAAAGGCAUACAUCAAACCUGAAGGUGCCUUUCUACGUGGGGGAGCGUUUCAAUGAAGAAUAUUCUGGGAAUAACAUAAAGAAUGUCGAAAGAAGCGUAGAAGAAGACUACAUCUCCAACCUCAGAAACAACUGUUGGAAGGAGAAGCAGCAAAAGGAAGGCUUACUCUAUCGUGCUCGUUACUUUGGGGAUUCUGAGUUGUACCAAAGAGCACAGAGAAUGGGGACUCCCAGCUGUUCCAGACUAUCUGAGAUUCAGGUUAUAUUGGAUGGCUAGAAAGCACUUGCACACAUAUGGGUUCGUCAGUACUUGAAUCUAAUUAGAAGAAAUCGAUCGGAGCCCACUCAAAUUGGAGCAUAUUUCUGCAGCAAACCAAGAGAAUCAAAAAUGCCUUACGUGCAGUGGGCAGCAGACCUCAUCAGGGAACCUCUCUGCAACUUGUAGAUUGACUUCCUGUAGAACUGUGAGAAGCUUUGAGUUGACUGCUGACGUUAUCUUACUCUAGUGUCUUUACCAUGCCGAGAGUCCGCCGGGCAUCGAGGGGGGGAAAGUAAGAUCAUUGUUGUCUAUUUGAACGGUAAACAAAGCUGCUAAGAUUAGCUUUCUCUGUCCUGGUCUUUUUGUUCUCCUUAAACAUUUUGAGAAACCUCAUGGCCUUCUCAUAGACAGGUGUCUGAGCCACUCGCAAGGAAAAGUGUGUAAUUUUUAUAGUUCCUACCAAUGUAAAUAUUCAUUUUACUUUUAACAGUGCAGGGUUUAUUGAAGUCAUUUACAAAAACCAUUAUGUGGAUUUGCUUGUAGCCUGUUUGAUCAUUAUUAUUGAAAAUUGUUGCACAAAUAAAAGUAAACCAUAUUUAUUAAAUUAACAUGCUAAAAUUGUAUAAAGGUUUCUUUGAAUUAAAUUUGUCCAAUGAUUGA